GGACACAAAGAUAGUCAUUUAAGUAAGAGAAUCUUCUCCCAGCAAAGAGGUUUGCUGGGAGAAGGAAAAAGUACAAAAAACAAGUUUUGGAUGAGUAGGUAAGGAUGUAGCAGGGGGUUAGUAAGAGAACAUCAGAUUAUUUGAGUGUUUAUGCUAGUGAGUUUAUUGCAGUACUGUUAGCAUUAGACAAGGUGGAAGAAGUGUCAGCAGGCAAAAAUACUCAUCUGUAGUGACUCUGUGUCAGCACUGUCAAGCAUUAAAUCAGGAUCAGGCAGUAAUGACCAAGACAUAUUACAUGAGCUGUUAUUUACUAAUUCAAGGUUAGCCAGUCAGGAGAAAAACAAAGUUCAUGUCGGUAUGAGUGCACUCAGGAAUCCCGGGAAAUGAGAAAGCAGACAAGCUAGCAAAGGAGGCGAUCAUGAGAGAAUAGAUAUUAAUAUUAAACUUUCAAAAUCAAAGGGGAAAGCAUAGUUUGGAGGGAAUAAACAACGGCAACAACAUUGGGACAGUGCAACAAAAGAUGUAUAGCACUAUGGAUCGGAGCGGUAGCAGUACUAUCUCCUACAGUGUUCCAGUGGUGGUGAUAUGCCUUGCUGCUUUGCUCCUCAGCAACAUAUUGAUCUACCUGUAUCUGGACUCUGUGUAUCAGACUAAUGAACAGCUGCUGUCUUCUCAUGUAAGCUGUACGCCUCGAAACUUUAAAAUGACGACCAUGAAAAAUUGCACCCCCUGGCUUCAAUGUUCACAGAUAAAUGCCGAAGUACACAAGCUGAAGCUCAUCGGCCAGGGAGCAGUUAAGAAGGUCUAUCUGGCAGAGUGGAAGGGUCAGAAGGUGGCUCUGUCCAAACUAUCUUCUCUGGAUUACCUGGAGGAUUUUCUCCAUGGGUUGUCCAUGUUACAGUCCCUGCAGGGGCCCCAGGUGGUGCAGUUGGUGGGGUUUUGCCUUGAAGACCAUGCCCUGGUCACUGAGUACCACCCACUUGGCUCACUGCUUAAUUUGGAUGGUGUUCUCGCACAAGAGCAUCAACAACAACACAACACAUGGCAGACCCGACUGAUGCUGGCUAUAGACUAUGUCUCUAUCCUCCAUUACCUCCAUAACAGCCCAGCUGGGCGGCGGGUCAUGUGUGAUUCCAAUAGCCUGGAGAAAACUCUCUCCCAGUUUCUGCUGACAAGUGACUUUCACCUAGUAGUUAACGAUCUGGAUGCACUGCCUGAGGUGGACCAAUCCAGAGGCUUGUUGGCAAAAUGUGGCCACCGGGAGCUCACUGGGGACUUUGUGGCUCCAGAGCAGCUGUGGCCCUUCAGGAAAAAAGGGAAGCCUUUUUCAGAUGAUCUUAUGACUGAAUAUGAUGAGAGAACAGACAUCUGGAAGAUUCCAGACGUGACAGGGUUCCUGAUGGGAAGGGUACCUGGAGGGGAUUUAGUUCACUUUCAUCUAUUUCAGAUUCACAAGGAGUGUAAGAAGGAAGACCCCAAGCUCCGCCCUUCAGCUCUGGAUGUUUUGAAAGUGUACAAGUCAGUCUACAGCAGCAUGGUGCGAGACAAUGCUGGGUUUAGAGAAAUGCUUUAGAAUAAUGACUCAAUUAAAAAGACAACGAACCUACCCUAAAAACUCCAGCUACCUUGCUAAUUCAAACCAACAUGGUGACUAAACUUCAUCUGACAAGCACCUAGCUCCAUUUGGGAUGGUUUGGGACAUUAGGGGAGGUUAACCAGACUAACAUUUGCCAAACCAACCACAAAAUCCUCACCCUUGAUUUAAGUUCUCUUGAAACAGAAGCAUACUGUUUUAGAACUAUAUAAGACUUAACUUCCCCAACUCCAAAAAAACUGUAGCGCACAGAUGGGAUAGUCCCAAACAGGACUAACAGGCACCUGUGGAAGAGUCAUUUCACCAAGCGAGGGGGAUAUGAAGGUGAAAUAACCUGAGCUGUAUACCAGUCAAAAGAAAGUGACAUUGCAGUCCAAAAAUAAGUCUUUUGCAAAGAAAAACAGUACAGUAACUGUACAUGAUACAGCAUAUACUGUGAGAAAAUACCAAAACAUGAUCAUGUAAACCUACCCAAUUAAAUUAGUAGAGUACAA